CGGCCUGCUUUCUCUGUUCGUCCCGGAUUGAGUCCACCCCUUCCCUUCCACCUCCAAACGCUCACGCGUCCACGAAUAAAGGUCGCCCCGAGGGCGGCGAACCAGGCCCAUCGCCAAAACCCUAGCCCCGAUCCGAUCGGCCUCUGCUCCCAUGGCGACCACCCCAAGCCAGGCGAGCCUCCUGCUCCAGAAGCAGCUUAGAGAUCUAUCGAAGAACCCCGUGGAUGGGUUCUCGGCGGGGCUGGUGGACGAUAGUAACGUGUUUGAGUGGCAGGUCACCAUCAUCGGCCCGCCCGAAACCUUAUAUGAUGGGGGAUACUUCAACGCAAUAAUGACCUUCCCCCAGAAUUAUCCCAACAGUCCACCAUCAGUAAGAUUUACUUCUGAGAUGUGGCAUCCAAACGUCUAUCCUGAUGGGCGUGUGUGCAUUUCUAUUCUUCAUCCACCUGGUGAAGAUCCAAAUGGUUAUGAGCUUGCAAGCGAACGGUGGACACCAGUGCACACAGUUGAGAGUAUAGUUUUGAGCAUUAUUUCGAUGCUCUCUAGCCCAAACGAUGAGUCUCCAGCAAAUAUCGAAGCAGCUAAGGACUGGAGAGAAAAGAGGGACGAAUUCAAGAAAAAGGUUAGGCGCCUUGUUCGCAAAUCUCAGGAAAUGCUCUGAAAGAGGAGGGUCAUACAGGGGGGAAGUUAGACAAGUGCUGCUACAGGCGUAAUAUAUUUUCACAAUCUUUCCGCAAAUGUGGCACCUGAUGCCAGCGCCUCCACUUCCCCCCUGUAUAUUUUCCGUUCAAUGUCAUUCGAAUAGUGAUGUUGGUCUUGUCUUCUAUGUACUCCUAAGUGCUAGUAUUCUAAAUGUUUGAUCGUAUUGUGUGGCAUGGAGUGGUCAAUUUCAAGAAAUAUUUUGGUAUGUCGAUACUUGAUCAUAAUUCUGGUCAGGCAUCGUAACAGAUAAAUUGUCUGUUUGUCGAAUGAAUCGUAGACUCAUCAUGAACAUUUUCAUGAGUGCUGGUGAUGUUUGGAAAUUGGAACGCCAAACCGUAAAGUUUGUUUGGAACA